AUGGCUGACGAAUCGGUGGAGGAAUUCACCUUCCCCGCCACCACCGCCAACCCACCGCCGUGCUUGCUAGAAUCGCCGCCUCUCUGGCCGGCCGUCGCAAAGCACGGAGAAGAUGAAUGGAGCUUUAACUUGUGUGAUUCAUUCCAAGAAUUCAAGCGCAGCACCAUCACAUUCCGAGAGAAUUUCUGCUAUGUUGACGACGACGAUGAUGAUAGUAGGGAGGAGAAGAUGGACGUUUUGUGGGAGGAUUUGAAUGAGAAGUUUUCGAAGAAAAAAGAUUCUUCUGGAGAUUCUAAUUCGCCGGGGAGAGUUUGCUGUGUUAGAACCUUAAAGUUGUCCAAGGGGAAUACCAUUUCGUGGAAGAAAGCUAGCAUUUUGGUUUUGAUUAGAUUUUUGUUGAACAAGGGUUUCGCCAUGCAUGAUUCUGCUCCUUCCAUCAAGAAACUUGAGUGGUAA